AUGGUUAUCAAGAUAAUCACACCCAUUAUCCUAUAUCAGUGCUCAUCUGUUGAGGUGAAAGAAAGCAGCGAGGAAAGAUUCGACAAGAAACUUCACCAGGCUAUUGAUAGGACAGUGAAUAGUGAAAGUUGUGGUAGUUAUUUCAUUGAUGGAGAGACAAACAAAAAUUGGUUUGUGUAUCCUUGGAACUCAUUUCAUCUUUGGUUAUCGACAAUCUGGGAAACGUCUGAGGACUGGGAAUAUCAAGGUAAAAAUUGA